GUGAAAACAAAUCUAUUUGGUAACGCGUAUAAAAAGUUAAACGUAGGAAGAUGGAGGUGUAGGUCUGAAACAUUCUGAAUAGUCGCAGAUGGCAGUUUUGCAAGACCACAGCAAAGAUCGACCCCCUUCCCCGCCACUGUUUCCAGCUGGAAUCAAUCCAAGGGAGAAUGGCCGGCAACCUUCCUGUCUCCUUGGCACCCUUCUGCUGCCAAGGAAUGUAGCUGGACUACAGUGAUCUACCCAAGCCCCAUGCUAGGCUGUCAGGCAGUGCUUCACAACACUUCAAAAGAGAAUCCCAACACAAGCCCAUGCUGCCUGUCUACAUGGAUCACCAGAACAGUCAGCGUGAGGCAGACACUGGGGUUCCAGCUGCCAGGAACUACUCUACUGCCUUUGACACCGCUCCAUUGAGAAGAAAGGAGACCUAUUAAUAUAUGACUGAUCUGGAAAUUCCAUCCCCGUUAUUCCAUGAGGGGAGCCCAGAGGAAUGCUUACUUAGCAGACACAGCGAGAUGCCAUGCAGAGGUUCAGCAGGCAGCCAGCGAUCAUUGCAGCCAGAUAGCAUAGAAGCCUGAUACAGGGCUAGCUGCAGUCAGAGAUACACAGAGGCAGUGCUGAGUGGAGCCCUCCAGCUGAUAGAACUAUGUGGGGUUUGGGGGAACUGACACUUUGGCUAAGCUGAGAAGACAUUGCAAUUGAUCAGCAGGAUGGUAGCAGUGGUAGCUAAUAAGGCCAAUGAAGACAGAGCAAAGCGAUGGAGGACACCACACCAGAGCCCGCCUAUGUCGACGUGGACAAAGGAUUCACUUUAGCAGGACUGGUCUUUCUCUGCCUGUUCCUGAUUGCCAUGAUCAUCCGCUGUGCCAAAGUCAUCAUGGACCCCUACCGUGCCAUCCCGACCUCCACGUGGGAGGAGCAGUACCUGGAUGAUUAGAGCGGCUGAGGCAUCACCAUGGAAACGGUUCCAUUGGGGAUUUCUUUGCUGAAACGUGGAACGCUGUAGCGUGCUGCUGAUAGAAAAGACUGAGCAAGGCUUCAGGUUUUUUUAAUUUGAUUUUUUAUAAGGAAAUUUGCCACAAAAUUCCUCACAUCAAACUUCAAUAGAAAUACAAAAAAAAAAAAAAAAAAACUGUGCUUGAACCUUUUAAUAAAACUUGGGAAAAGGGAGGUUACCAUCUCCUACACACGCCUGGCUCAACACACCUGUCAACCAAUCAGAGCUUCCAUGUUGCCGAGCCCUCACUGUGGACCGACUAUCGCGCACUGAGAAAGCAAUCAUUGGUUCUGUCAGUAUGUGUGGCUGCUUGUGCUGGCAGUUAAACAGUCAAACAUUUCAAACAUUAUGCAUUGAAAUAAAAGUGCAUUUGAUCAAAGGGACAUUUUCUCCAGCAAGGCCUUAUUUCAAUAAUAAUAAAUAAAGCCAUUCAUAUUUAUAAAGCGUAGGGAAAGCUAAUUUGUAUACAUUUUUUCUAAUUAUUGGAACUAAUGGUAUAGUUUAUUGAGGGGUUCUGGAACAGUAUGUUUACUGAACUAAACUACAUACAGAAAGUGUAUUUACUAAUGUAUAUGUAGGUUUCCCGUGGCUGUUUGAUGUGAUAUCAAAGGAAAAGGAGGCAGUGUCCCUUUUUAAUGUUACUGCUCGGAUCUAGGCACAUCACCACACAAUCGACUUGCUGUACUACUGUAAAGAUUCACCUUCUACGGCACAGGUUGAGUUCUCACUGUGGUUUAACUAAGUGUGCCACAAACACUCUACCUGUUUGUCUGGUUAUGUUGAUGCCUCUAGUUUGAUUAGAUUCUUAUUAAUGUAUUCUAAAGUGCAUGUGAACAAGUGCCUCAGCUACAACCACAAAGAUUGUCUGGAGUAUUUUUUUCAUACUUUAUAAUGAAUAGUGCACUGGAACAAUAAAAAUACAAUAAAUAGCUGCAGUGAAUAUAUGGUAUGUCUGGUUGAUGUAUAAAGCUAAAAUUUAGCAAACCUUGUAAUAUUGAAACAAUUGGAUCUGCAUAUGUUCAGUUCAGAUCAGUUGAGGAUCAGUGUGUGUGUGUGUGUGUGUGACAGUGUUGCAGCUUAUACUGCAUUGGAAAAACUUUAUAAUGACACCUUGAAACAGAAAAUGUCAAACUGAAAGGCUGUUUGGACGAGAAAGUCCAUGGUGGUUUAUACAUCUAUAGACAAGCUAUUUUGGACUCACCAGUGAAUUAAUCAUUUCGGUUAAAAAAAAGUAGGUGCAAACAUGCUUAACCUUUAUCUGCUGGUCUUCUUCAUUCAUUACUAUUUAAUUUUUAACUACUUCAAUAUACAUGUCUAAUGUGUUUCUUCCCUCUGGAGGAGUCCAAUGGUGCUUUCUUUUAAUUUGUAUUCCAUGUCAUCAUAAAAGUAUUCCGCUGGCCUCAUUCGUCUCCCAUUCUUGAAUUCUGUUAUUAACUGUCGUCUUGCCGGAACAAAUUGAGCCCCUUGCAUAGUAAUGUUGUCUGUAAGGCUGUUAAUGUCAAGUGUUCCUGCGUUGUCGAGCUGUAUGUAAAAAGUCUACUGAUUCCAGUUACCACUGUGGAUAUG